GCCACACUUGGGUUCUUUUGAGAAGCCCCGGUAAUUCACAUCCUCACCACUAACGCUUUCUCUCUUUCGAACAGUGCCACCAACAUUGGGCCUAGCGAGAAAGCCUUGUACAUUAGGUUUUCCCCCCAUUUAAACACAAGCUUUACAUUUCAAAUUGCGCCUCUUUUUAUUUUUAUUUUAUUAUUGCAGGAUUUAGAAGACGUUGGCGCGUUUUACAAUGUUGAAAUUGUUUUUCUUUGUUGUUCUCGCCCGGGUUGCUCUGGCGAGUGAUGUGAUUGAAUUCACGGAUGACGAUUUUGACAGUAAAAUUGGAGACCACGGGAUGAUUCUCGUGGAAUUCUUUGCGCCAUGGUGUGGCCAUUGUAAAAAACUAGCUCCGGAGUAUGAGGUGGCAGCCACACGGCUGAAAGGCAUCGUCGGAUUGGCCAAGGUCGACUGCACGGUCCACAACAACGUGUGCCAGAAAUACGGAGUCAGCGGUUACCCAACACUGAAGAUCUUCAGAGAUGGAGAGGACGCUGGUGCCUACGAUGGACCCAGAAAUGCAGAUGGAAUUGUCAGCCAUCUUAAAAAGCAGGCCGGCCCAGCUUCUGUGGAGCUCAAGACCGAGGCAGAUUUCACGAAGUAUGUCGGAGACCGUGACGCAAGUGUUGUGGGUUUCUUUGCCGACGGUGGAAGCCCAGCCAAAGCAGAGUUCCUGAAGUCGGCCAGUGCCCUCCGAGAGUCCUUCCGCUUUGCACACACCAACUCAGAGGAUCUUCUCCAGAAACAUGGCGUAGAGGGAGAGGGAAUCAUUCUGUUCCGUCCAUCACGCCUCAACAACAAAUUUGAAGAGAGCAGUGUGAAGUUCAGCGAGGACAAGUUUACCAACGCCAAGAUCAAGCAGUUCAUCCAGGACAACAUCUUCGGAAUGUGCCCCCACAUGACUGACGACAACAAGGACCAAAUGAAGGGCAAGGACCUGCUGGUGGCCUACUACGAUGUGGACUACGAGAAGAACCCCAAAGGCUCCAACUACUGGAGGAACCGGGUAAUGAAGGUGGCUAAGGGUUUCCUGGACCAGGGGAACAAGCUGAACUUUGCCGUGGCCAGCAAGAACGGCUUUAGCCAAGACAUCGCUGAGAUGGGCCUGGACGCCAGCUCCGGGGAGCUUCCCGUGGUCGGUAUCCGCACCGCCAAGGGAGACAAAUACGUCAUGACCGAGGAGUUCUCACGUGACGGCAAGGCCCUGGAGCGUUUUCUGCAGGACUACUUUGACGGCAAGCUGAAGCGUUACCUCAAGUCUGAGCCAAUCCCUGAGAACAACGACGGCCCCGUCAAGACUGUGGUAGCUGAGAACUUUGACGCCAUUGUGAACGAGGAGGACAAGGACGUGCUGAUUGAGUUCUACGCCCCCUGGUGUGGUCACUGCAAGAGCCUGGAGCCCAAGUGGAAAGAGCUGGGAGAGAAGCUGUCCAGUGAUCCCAACAUUGUCAUCGCAAAGAUGGAUGCCACAGCCAAUGAUGUGCCAUCUCAAUACGAAGUCAGAGGAUUCCCCACCAUCUUCUUCUCUCCAGCUGGACAGAAAAUGAGCCCGAAGAAAUACGAGGGAGGUCGUGAGGUCAGUGACUUCAUCUCCUACCUGAAGGAGGAGGCCACCAACCCCCUGGUGGCUCAGGAAGAGGAGACGUCCAAGAAGAACAAGAUCGAACUCUAGAAGCUCAACUGGAGCCAACAUUCCAAGGAGGGGAAAACACUGACAACUAAAUUAUAUUCCAAUCUUUAGUGAACUACCAGAAUGCUCUGAGCCCAGUUGAGAUGAGGGUCUUGCCGCUCUGCGAACACUGUGGAAAGUGGCGGUGGUGUCCAGGGCCUGCCUGAAUAUUUUUUUAUUUUUUUUUGCCUCAAUGAAAUUGAGUUUAUUUCCCCUGGUCUGUCUGUACCUCUGAUGUACUUUGGUACAAUAACAAUUUCCAGUCAUCUAUUAGCUUAUUAUUUCUGGAAGAGGGGAGUUAUGGUGAAUUCCUUUUAUUUUGUACCACGUCUUUGUUUUUGUACAUUUGAAAGGAUUGUGAAAUAAAAAGGCCCACAAAACCAA